AUGAGAAAAAAUAAACCAACAUAUAAAAUUAUUGUGAAUAGAGGAAUAACUUCCUUGAGAAACAAUUAAGAAUAAGAAGAAAUAGAAUCUUUUCCAGUCAUUAAACCUAAAUCAAUAGCAAGAGGCUCUACAAAGAAUUUUGAGAUCAAAAAGGUUAGAAUUAAAAUGGCCAUUACAGAGGAAAGAUUAGAGAUAAACUUAAAAUAGGGCAAAUUAUAUCCCAUUUAAAAAGAAGAAUCUCCUCCAUUGAGUGAAACAAGAUAGUAUCAAUCUUUAAUUGAUUAAAAACUAAAAGAAGAUAAUAAUAGAUCGCUAUCAACUAUCAAAAAAGAAAAAUCAAAACAUUAGAAAUAGGAAGUAAAUGAAAAUUUAGAUGAUAAUUUAGAUGCAUAUAUUAAGAUUUAUUAUUCAAUAAUUAAUUUGAUGGAUGCAAUGAGGAAAGUAAUAUUAUUUCAUUUUUAAUAGUUAAGAAUGUAAGCGAUUAAGUAGAUUAAAUAAAUAGGUUUUAAGAAAUUAUUGAUGGAGUGCAUUUUUAAGCAUUAGAAAAUCUUAUGA